AUGCUGGAGCGGCUCCAGGACCAGACUACCUCGGACAAUCAGUACCUACAGCAAAGUCUCAUCGAAUAUAGCGACGAUGUGCUGGACGAUGGUGAAUAUAAUGAAACUGCCAACCCCAUCAUGGACAAAACGCUUGAAGAAGCUGGUGCCGAAGGAAUUCGUGUGCUUGCCAACUUUACACCGGAAGGAUUUGAAGUAAUUAGGGAGCAAGCUGAAAUCGCCAUGACAUCUCGCUGGAAGGAAGGCAGAGGACUCCUGGAAAAACAUGCCGUUGACUUUGGUCUCAAAGCGCCAACGUUGAAGAAGCUUGUCGUGAGGGUUAUGGCCGUCUGCUCCGAGCUCCAUUACGAUUCGUUUGUUGUCAAACCAACCAUGACGUCUCUCCGCACCAAAGGCAAGGUCUUCGCCCGCUUUCCGUACGCCUUGCACGCGACCGACGUUAAAUUCCAACCUGCGCAUCGUUCUGCCGGCCGCUUUGGGGAGCAGAAGCACUACUUCAGUAGAAAGCAAAAGCUGUACGGAUUCAAGAUUGAGGCAUCCGUCUCACCUGCAGGGGUUCCUUGUCGACAUGAGUCCUCACGAGCCUGGCUCUGUGUCCGACUUGACCAUGUUCCGCAACCGGCUUGA